UCGCGCCGAAGCCAUUGCCCUUUUAAGGGGGAGCCUUGAAACGGCGCCCGGGUUCCAUGUUUGCAUCCGCCUCGCGGGGAGGAAACUCCAUGUUGUAACAAAGUUUCCUCCGCGCCCCCUCCCUCCCCCUCCCCCCGAGAACCUGGCUCCCCUCCCCUCCGAAGCUCGCGGGGAUCCCUCCCUCCCACCCUCCCCUCCCCCCCGCGCCCCGAUUCCGGCCCGAGCCGGGGGGGAGGCCGGGCGCCGGGGCCAGAGUCCGGCCGGAGUGGAGCGCGCCGGGCCCCAUGGACAGCUCGGCCGUCAUUACUCAGAUCAGCAAGGAGGAGGCGCGGGGCCCGCUGCGGGGCAAAGGUGACCAGAAGUCAGCAGCUUCCCAGAAGCCCCGGAGUCGGGGUAUCUUCCACUCGCUCUUCUGCUGUGUCUGCCGAGAUGAUGGGGAGCCUCGGCCUGCCCACAGUGGGGCUCCCCUGCUGGUGGAGGAAAAUGGCGCCAUCCCUAAGACCACAGUCCAGUACCUGCUUCCCGAGGCCAAGGCCCAGGACUCGGACAAGAUCUGCGUGGUCAUCGACCUGGACGAGACCCUGGUGCACAGCUCUUUCAAGCCAGUGAGCAACGCUGACUUCAUCAUCCCCGUGGAGAUUGAUGGGGUAGUUCACCAGGUCUACGUGCUGAAGCGGCCCCACGUGGAUGAGUUCCUCCAGCGAAUGGGCGAGCUCUUUGAGUGUGUACUGUUCACUGCCAGCCUUGCCAAGUACGCAGACCCAGUAGCUGACCUGCUGGACAAGUGGGGAGCCUUCCGUGCUCGGCUGUUUCGAGAGUCGUGUGUCUUCCAUCGGGGGAACUAUGUAAAGGACCUGAGCAGGCUGGGCCGAGACCUGCGGCGGGUGCUCAUCCUAGACAACUCCCCCGCCUCCUACGUCUUCCAUCCAGACAAUGCCGUCCCAGUAGCCUCCUGGUUUGACAACAUGAGUGACACUGAGCUACACGAUCUCUUACCCUUCUUUGAGCAACUCAGCCGUGUGGACGACGUCUACUCAGUGCUCAGGCAGCCUAGGCCUGGGAGCUAGUGAGGUGUCUUGGGGCCAGGAUCUGCCCCUCACCGAGGCCCAAGCCUCUUCCCAUCAGACUGUGGGAGCCUGCCUGUGCUGUUAACAAAACCUCAUGGGCUAUGCAGUAUGGCCCUGGGGAAGAGGGUGUCUCCCCUGCCAGGCUGUAUGGAGGACAGAGAGCCUUUGGCCCCUGUAUCAGUGCCUUCAAACUUCUUCCCCUCUUCUCAGGGGAGCUGGGGGGGCCCUGCCUGUUGCCCCCUUCUGUCUUCUCUUCUCCAUGCUGCCAUGUUUCUCUGCUGCCAAAUUGGGUGUCAUACCCCAGCUCUGCUUUGGGGGUAGGAGCAAGGUUUUUGCGGGCCCCAUGCCUUGGAUUGCCCCCACCUCCAGUCUGGGAACAGUGGACACCAAGUGCCUUGCAAAGAACCCUCUGCUGGUCAGCUUUUCUCAGAUCUAGGCUGACCUGGGAGGAACCAGCCUCUCCCCUUCCCUCCUCCUCCCUGGGAUGAUGGUGCCCAGCAGUUUCUGAAAGGGAAGAGAGGGAGAAAGUCUAUUGUCACUUGUAAAAGAGGGGACCCUCCUUAGGGAACACUCCCAGUUUAGCUCGUCCAAGGCUGAUGGCUGUACCCUAUAUCACUUGAGCCCCCAAUCUCCCCAAAGCCUGGGGCUCGGCAGGACUCCUCCGUGGUGCCAUAUAAAUAUGUAUAUGUGUAUAUAGAUUCUUGAGGGAAGGAGCGAGGAAGGGUGGGAAUAGACACUCCUCCCUCACCCCUUCCCUGGGCCCAGAAAUUGGGGGAGGGAGGGCAAGGAUUUGUACAUUUUUAAAGCUACUGUUUUCUAAAUGGAACAAGCUGGGCCGUGAGGGGUCGCAGCCCUUUUACUCUGUUCAUCCAAAAAACAUUUAUUGAGUCCCUCCUGUGCCCAGCAGUGAGCUAGUCGGGCCAGCUGAGUGGGAGGGGGUCCGCCUCAUCCUAGUCUCACCCCAAAGCCCCAGACUUCACCAGUGCCUUCAGAGUAUCUGCAGGAAGUGGGACCUUCUUGUGGGCUUAGGGAAGUCUCCAAGGAAACUUACUAAGCUGCCCCCCCCCCCCGUGCCAACUCAUCUCCCCCCACACUCCCCGCAGCCUCCUCCAUGGCCCCCUGCUGGCUGGGGGCAGCUCCCAGGUCACUCUGCCAACUGACUUCUGUUUCUAAAGCCCCUCCCCACCCCUGCUGAAUCUAGAGUUCAAGUCCUUGGGCUCUCUCUCCCCAGAAUAGGAGGGUUAAGUGACCCACAAACAAGUGCCAAGGGAGUUGGUGAAGGGAGAGAGGGUAUGGUUGGCCUGAAUCGGAUGACCUUCCCAGUUAAGUGCCUUCUCUCUGACCAGCACCUCAGUGUGAUAACUAAAGAAAGCUAGACCCCUUCCUAUCCUGUCUCUGUGGUUUUUGGGGGAGGGGACUUGAAGUGCGUGAAUGGCCAACACCUGUGACUGCUUUUCGGAACCUUGUUGGGCAAGAAGAAAUUGGCCCGGAGGGGACUGUGUGGGCAUCUGGUCGAUCUGAGUUCGGUUGCCAGAACCCACGUGAUGGAAAGAGAAAACGAACCGCCGCAAGUUGUUCUCUGACCUCCCGACAC